AUGCCCGCCCUGUCGCCCACCAUGACCGCCGGCAACAUUGGUACUUGGCAGAAGAAGGCCGGUGAUGCCCUGGCUCCCGGUGAUGUCCUCGUCGAGAUCGAGACCGACAAGGCUCAGAUGGACUUCGAGUUCCAAGAGGAGGGUGUUUUGGUGAAGGUCCUCAAGGACUCAGGCGCAAAGGAUGUUGCUGUCGGAAACGAGGGUACCGAUGUCUCAGCCUUCGACUCUUUCACCGUCGAGGAUGCUGGUGGUGAGAAGCAGGCCAAGGAGGGCAGUGGACAGGAGGCCGCAAAUGCUUCAGAGCCCCCAUCCAACUCUUCCAACACUGCUCCCGCUCCCGCUCAGUCAUCCCCCGCUCCCCAGGCACAGGAGUCCGAGUCCACUGGUGAGCGCCUNCAGACCGCUCUCGAGCGCCAGCCUAAGCUCAGCCCCGCUGCCCAGAAGCUCGCUCUCGAGAAGGGUGUUGCAAUUAGCCAGGUGAAGGGCUCUGGCCCCGGUGGCCGCAUCACCAAGGAGGACAUUGAGAAGUUCAAGCCCGCUGCCACUGCCGCCGCCGCUCCCGCUGGUGUCGCUUCUUACGAGGAUGUCCCUGCCUCGUCCAUGCGCAAGACCAUUGCCGCUCGCCUGACCCAGUCCAUGAACGAGAACCCCCACUACUUUGUCGCCUCGUCCAUCUCGGUCAGCAAGCUCAUGAAGCUCCGCCAGGCCUUGAACUCGGCUGCCGACGCCAAGUACAAGCUUUCCGUCAACGACUUCCUCGUCAAGGCUCUCGCUGCCGCCGCCCGCAAGGUUCCCGCUGCCAACUCCAGCUGGCGCGAGGAGAACGGCAACGUCUUCGUCCGUCAACACAACACUGUUGACGUCUCGGUCGCUGUCGCUACCCCCGUUGGCCUCAUGACCCCCAUUGUCAAGAACGUUAACGGUACCGGCCUCGAGUCCAUCUCCAGCCAGAUCAAGGAGCUCGGCAAGCGUGCCCGUGACGGCAAGCUCAAGCCCGAGGAGUACCAGGGCGGCACCAUCACCAUCUCCAACAUGGGCAUGAACGCUGCUAUUGACAGAUUCACCGCUGUCAUCAACCCUCCUCAAGCCUGCAUCAUCGCUGUCGGCGCUGUCAAGAAGGUUGCCAUUCCCUCUGAGAACGAGGACGGCAUUGAGUGGGACGAGCAGAUUGUCAUUACCGGUUCGUUCGACCACAAGGUCGUUGAUGGUGCCGUUGGUGGUGAGUUCAUGAAGGAGCUCAAGGCCGCCAUCGAGAACCCUCUCAGCUUGAUGCUUCACCAUGCCUCCCUCAGCACGCAGCUCGGCCACUGCUGGCACGAAGUCAAAAAGAUCAUGAAGAAAGACCCAGACCCCAUCGACGACUCCGAUAACGAUGCUGAACAUAACCAAGAUUUCAAGGCUACGUUGACCACCAAGAGCGACCGUAUGGUCCGAAAGAUCCAAUGCACUAUUCUGGGUGACACUUCUGCAGUCCGCAAGAAGAAAAACUUCACUCAAAGCAUCAAACUCACUUCCAAAAAGCCCUUCUCCUUGGAGCCUGUCCUGAUGACAGAAGGUACAUACGCUGGGCUUCACGUUCUUGUGAUGCAGCCUGAGCCUGACGAGAACGAAAAAUUUCCCUUCUUGGAUCUCCCUGCAGAAAUCCGCAACAUGAUCUACUCUCUGGUUCUUGAGCGUCCUGCCUGCAGUAUUCGAAUCUCAGGCAAGCAAUCUGGGAUCAUUGGCACCCAAUGGUAUAACAGACGCCAUGGAUAUAUUCCAAGAGAGCCUUACAGCACCAGCUUGAUGAGAGUCAACAAGCAAAUCAGUGUCGAGUCGACGCCUUAUCUGUUCAGUCGUCACACUUUUGAGUUUCCAGACUCUACGAUGCUACAAAGGUUCCUAGAGUACCUUGGCUCAGAGCGUGUGAGGUCCCUGGUGUCUGUCUCUGUCGAUCAACAGUAUGCUGUCUCUGUCAACCAAGCAUAUAACCUAUUGUCUCCUGCAAGCUCUUUGACCAAGCUUGAGCUUAAGCACUGGCACAGGUACGGCUACCACUCUCGGUUGGACUGGGCUUCUAUUCUUCUGCCUUUGAUUCAGUCCCUCUGUUCGGAAGGCAAAAGCCGCGAGGAGGCUUAUGGUAUUAUCACUAUACCAGGUGUACUUCGCGGGUCGUGUAUCAAACAUGGCGCGUUCUGGGCAAUUCUCAACAAGGACUGNCAAAAGGAAAACAAGGCCUAUGAAGAUUUCUACAAGAAACUGCAUGAUGAUUUGAACAAGGCUAUGGACAAGGCUGAAGCGAAGAAGGAGGCAAUCAGAAGGGGUUCACCAAUCAAGACCAGGGCAGGGCGCAAAACCAAGGCGAUUGACUACACGGGUAUGUGCAGUGAAGACUAA